AUUUCAAUUGACAUCAACAUACGAACAAUUUUCAGUCCAUAACACUUCUCGUUCAAUUCCAAAAGGCGAAAAAACAAUGAUGACCUUAAAUAAAGUUUUUCGUUUGAAUAAUCGAAUCCCAUUGAUUAGCCAACGAAUUCAAUCAAUUUCCACCACAUCUGCACUGGGAGUCAAGGAAAUCAAAGUUGAGCAGAAAAGUAAAGUUUUGGAAAUAUCUGCCGAUCUUAAGCCAUCGCCACGUGAGGCAACUCUUUUGAAGGAAGUUCAUUCAACGGAUAAGAAAUUCUGUCCCAAAUGCACGCUCGGUUUGGACAUUAAGCACACAGACGUAUUAAUCUUGAAGCAAUAUCUACGUGAGGAUGGAACAAUGAUGCCUAGACGCAUUACCCGCCUCUGUGCAAUACAACAAAAGAACAUUGGAACGAUGGUGUUGAUGGCUAGAAGAGCAGGUUUGUUACCAUUACCUGCACAAUUGGCUAGCAAGAAACCAAACAAGUGCUAUGGAUAUAAGGGACUCAACCAUUACUAUGACGAACAAACAAUUAAAUAUGCAAAAUUAUAUGUCAACACUGAUGAAAACAAAAAAGUUGGCCCCAAAAGAAAAGUUGACUUUAAUUUUGAUCGAAUUUAAAGAAAACCCGUUGUUAAACAAUUUAUUUACAAUCAUUUUAUGGAUAGAAUAAAAUAUUCAAUAGAUUUUGA